AUGGCUAAAUUGUACGAUAUAUUCGAUGUUAAAGAAGAGAUUGAGACCAUGGUGAGGGAUUUGAAACAAGUGUUCGAAGAAUUGAUCGUGAAUUCGGUAUGGAUCGACGAUAACACAAAGGAAGCGAAAAUGAAAACGUUCGAAUCAAUCAAAACGUUGAUUGGGUCUCCUGAGGUUGUGUUGAACACUUCUUGGAUUAUUGAUCAUUAUAAAAAUAUUGAAAUUAUUUCUCGAGAAUUCAUCAGCACGUUACUGAUUAUCAAAGCAAGAGAGUCGACCGAAAUAUUGAGUUUAAUUCAUCGUCCGAAUCGUUCGGAAACGGAUUACGUUAGGUGGUUUAUGGAUCCUAUGGAUGUAAAUGCUUAUUAUAGCUUCAGUAUCAAUUCGAUAGCGGUGCCUUUUGGAAUACUGCAAUAUCCUUUCUACUUGAAAAGUAUCAACGCUUUGAAUUACGGAGCCAUUGGAAGCAUUUUAGGCCACGAGUUCACUCACGCUUUUCACGAUGAAGGUGAGCUACCAACCUAUAAAAAACCAGUGUUCAGCUUGAUAUUUAUGAAAAUGGUCUAUAAUACAAAAUGUUUCCAAAGCAAAUUAUGUUAAUGAUGAAAAAAGACCAGCUUUAUCCAAUGAAACGGUUCAAGAAUACCUUUCAGAGUGUUUCAUUUCUCAGUACGACGAUUAUGUGGUGGCAGAUAAUCUCAAGGUUGAUGGCGCUGCAACUUUAUCCGAAAAUGUAGCCGAUUAUGGUGGCAUUCGAGCUGCAAUUCUAGCAUAUGAAAAACGUUCGCAGUCAACUGGACCAGAACCUUUAUUACCUGGGUUGGAAAAAUACUCUCAUCGACAAAUUGUAUUUCUAUCAUUU